GCAAUUCAAACGUUUUCGUCACCUCAAUGCUAUCAUUGUUUAGUGAAUAAUAUUCAAAUGUUAAAGGAAUGAGUUUUGUUGAUGAUGCUAACAGCCCCUCGACACAGUUAUUCAUAAUAGAAGAUUUAACGCCUGGGUAUAAUCGCAUUAAUGACGGUUCAUUUCAAAAUGAUGCUUGUAGAAUAAACAAUUUUUCUUGUCGAUCAGCAGAUAAACAAUGCUGCCAACAGUCUUUACAGAUUGUAUCAACUGCUCGUUCUCCGGACUGUAAUCAAAACGAUACAACCCUAACCCAAAGAAGACAGUCAGCUCGUAUUGAAGCUAAACAAAAGAAUAAAAAAUCGUGCUGUGAAAGUGAAGAAGAUGGUGUUUCAGAAUAUUGUUUGAGAACUAAAAUUUCCGGUGGUCUCACAAAACAAAUCAAAAAACCAUCUCCACGUGUGAAAAUAAACAAUUCUGCUCGCAAAAAACGUACAAAAUCUCGUCAUUCUAAACAAUCACAAGAUUUAAGUAAUUGUUCUUCAGAUUCUGAAGAAAAUGACCCUGAAAGAUUAUGGUGUAUAUGUCGACAACCUCAUGAUGAAAGAUUCAUGAUAUGUUGUGAUCUAUGCGAUGAAUGGUAUCAUGGUGAUUGUGUUGGAAUUAAACCAGAAGAAGGUAAAUGUAUGGAAAAAAAUGAAAUCGAAUUUGUCUGUGAUUCAUGUAAAUUAAUGGGUGCUUACACAGGCAAAAAUGACCAAGUUGAUCAUCUACAAACAUUUACUGGUUCUGAUAAUGGUAAUGAAUUUAUGUCGACACAAUUUGCUCCAAUCAUUGAUACAUCUGUAUCGCCCACCAAUCUAUUGACAGCAACCAUAGUAAAUAGUUUAAGAUUACGUUUAACUGAAGAAGCUGAAAAAGAACGUGAUCGAAUAGCUACUAUUUUACCAGAGACAGAUAUAGCUAUGAAAUGUCCUUCAGAAGAUGAUAGUUCAGUUUCUGAAUCAUUUUCAACUUUAACUAGUGUAGAAGAAACUCCAUCAUCUGUGGUCACUAAUGAAAAUAAAUUAUCUUCCGUAAACAAUUCGUGUGUUGUUAACAACACAAAUAGUUUACAAUCUGUUAAUUUCACAAAAGUCCUAUCACGUCGAAAGAAACGACCACGAAUUAUUUUAAAAAAUGAAAUAAAAGAACAAGUGAAUUCAACAAAUUCAUGUUUAGGACCGAAUUGUGAUAAAACUAUUAAUCCUCAAGUUAGUGUUUAUUGUAGUAACAGGUGUUUGAAAGCUUACGGAUUGGAUGUACUUCAAACAGUUUGCAGAAAAUAUGACUCAACAGAUCCUCUAAAUAAAUCGGGUCAUCAUUAUCGUUUAGAUGGUCGUAAAACACUCGUUGUCUUAGAUCGUAGGAGUGGAACAGUUCUGAAUGGUACUAGAGCACCAACUAGUGAUUCCUUGAUUGAUUUUUUGUCUGCCCAUCCCACGUUUCAAGUUGUUUACAGUCGUCAGAAAAAUGAUCGAUUUCAAAAGACUCCAUCUUUGAAUCAAUCGAAUAAAUGUUCUGGACAAAAUGAAGUAUCGUCAAAUGUGAAUAAAAUCUCAUCGGAGUAUGAUCCAUCCCGUUCACCUUCGUCCAUAUCAUCUGAAUCAAACGAUAAAAACAAUAAACAACGGCUCUUGACGUCUGAGAAUGUCGAGCGUAUACGAAAAAAGUAUCAAUGUCUUCUAUUUGCACUACUUGAAAAAAGAACACAAACCUCACGUCAUAUUUUCACAGCUAAUCGUUCUAGAUUGAAAACUUUAGCUACAGAAUUGGAAGGUGUAAUUUCUGCCAGAAAUAACUUAACUAACUGUUCUACAACAUUAGAUGGAUCUUCACCACUGGCACAAGAUUAUUCAACAUAUAAAUGUCAACUACAUUUAUUUCUUAAUUGUUUAGAUAAUCCUUGUAUUUCAGAGAAAUCCAAUAUUCCUAUUAGUACGACUUCUACUACUGAGUCAUCUGUAAUGUUACGUGAUCAAUUUUUCGACUCACUAAUUAGCGGUACAUUGAGACCUAUUGAUUUGGCACAUUGUCAAGACGUAAAAACAUUGGAAUCCAUAGUGAGGCGUACUCGUUUAACAGAUAAUACUCAUAAUAAGUUGUCGGCUUUCACUUCAUCUGUCUCAUCAAAUAAUAUAAAUACAAAUCAUUCUGAUGUCGUAUAUGGAUCUAUUCCGACUAGCUUUACGGGGAUUUCCUCCUCAGAUAACUCUCUAUCUUCUGAUCUUCAUACAGCCACAACAGUAACAACAUGUCAAUCGACUGAAAUUACUAAUACUACCACUACAGCAACUAUAACAAAUGAAUUACCAAUAUUGGAUACUACAAGUGAACAUGGCAAACAUUUAUAUGAUAUGCAUUGUAAACGUUGUACAAGUCAAACAAAAGCAUUUACGAAACAAUCAUCUCAACAACUACAACAACAGUUGCCAAAAAAAUCAAUAUCAUCCCCUUCUAAUAGUACCACUAAUGUUUGUGAUGGACUAUCCACAUUGUCUGUGAAGACAGAACCCCGUGUUAGUAGUACAUCUUCUGGAGAAAAGGAUUCACCAUUUCUCCCAAGCCCUGUUGAAUCGCUUCAGACAAAAGUAUUAGUAGCUACAUCAGAUAGUUUACCUAUUCAAGAAGCAGUGAAAUUAUCUCCUAAUGAUUAUUCCACACUAAAAAGAACAAAUUAUUUAGAAGAUACGACGAAUGUCAUAAAAUGCAUGGAUCCAAGACGAAAAGAAACAAAUCCACUACAUAGUUCGUUCGAUCGAUAUGCUCCUAAAAUCAAAUCGAAUUUAAAACGAUUCAAUGAUCAGUCACUAUUUGCACCAUCUACACAAGAUAGUUCUAUUUCAACAAAACCACUCAAUAGCUUUUCUCAUUCUCCUAAUUAUCAUCCACCAUCCAGUGGUGUUUCAACAGGUCUGUUAGAUUUGCCUUUACCACCAGCACAACAAAUUAGUUUGCAUAAUAAAUCAUCAUUCAAUUCACAAACAAACUACGAGAAUAGUUAUUUAUUGUCGAAUCGGGAAAAAUUCAAUUCAAAACCUUGUCUAUUAUGGUCUGGAAUGUUAUCAUUAUCAACACAAUAUUCUGGUCGUGAACAUAUGUUCAGUUUAGAGAUUAAUGUUUAUCCUUUUGGAUAUAUUCAACCGAAAAUAUUAAAUUAUCCUGGUAAUAAUGAUAAAAAUGAAAUGAUCCAAUGGGAAUCUUUAUUAAUUGGUAAACAAACAUCACUCGUUGUUAGUCGUGGAGUGAAUUUAAUCAGUUUACCAGUUUAUUUAGGACAGACAUUGUUAGAUUCAACACAUCCUAGAGAAUUGUUUGCACUUCGUGUUACACCGAGAACUAAACAAAUGUCUCAUAUCUAUAAAGAUAUAUUUAAUCAUUUAAAAGAGAUCAAUGCAUGUGGUAGUUUAGAACCGCGUUUUCAGGGUAUAAAUGAUUGUUUACUCUAUCCAUUGAUAGGAAAUACUCAUUUAAAAGAUAUACUACUACCGGUGGAUUUGUUAUCGAAAUUCCAGUUAACCGGAUGUGAUGCCGUUGUAGAAAAUCAAUUAUUAAUUAUAUUGACUAGACCAAUCAAUGUGACAUCAAAUGUCGAAAAUAUUUCACAUCCUUUACCAUCGUUAUUAUCAUCAUCAUCCUCACCGCCAAUAUUGAAUCCUGAUCAAGAGACACCGAGCAAUACAGAAGAAAUCGCAGUUCAUUUGCCGUCAGAUGAUAAAUUAUGUUCACCUUUGUUUAAUUCAUUGUCGAAAGACGCUUACGUACCAACUCCUGUUCAGUUUAAUGAAGAAGGUAUUAACAUGUUUCUUUACAAGUGUUUUUCUACUAAGCGGUGAUAGGAUCUAAAUAUUGGAAAGGUCUCACUUUGUUUCCAUUUAAAAGUUGAAUAAUUUUAUUGCUUGUCACUUACUUUUUGUUUGAUUUAUAUCCCUUUUUGUAUAAAAAUCCACUCAACCUUACAGGGAUUAGUUUGCAUAAACACAAUCCAGGAGUUGUUACAAAUCGUCUUGCCAUUCUUGUCUAUUUCUCCUCUGAUCUACUCUUACAACAUACAGGGUAGCACUUUAGUGUAGGUGGUGACUAGAUACGCGUAACCCUUAUCUCAGUCACCUGAGUAAGCAAAUAUCUACAAUCUCAUUAACUGAUUUACAACCUCCACUCUCCCAACUUAAGUAUUACUCGCUUUAUGAUCCCCCAUAUGAUAUCAGAAAUCACUUGAAUCAAUUAAAUGCUGUUUUAGUCAAAUAUGUUAUUGUUGAAAUAUUUAAAGCCGAAGUAAAUCACUUUAGUCAUUCAUCCUUUAAUGCUGUUGUUGAACUUGUUGCCGAUCAGUCGUAUUUCAACGAACUUUUCAAUAACUUCCAAUCUUUGACUUCAGUAUUAAAAAUUAUAGUUACGGGAAUUCGAGGAUAAUUAUACUAAACAUGUUCACUCUCUCCUACAUUAAACUAAUAAUUCUUGAGAACAGUUACAUGUAUAUUUAUUUUGUAAAGUCUCAUAAAAUCCCUAUAUUUUAUUAUUUCUUGUCUUAGCAUUAUCUACUGAAAAUAUCAAAAUGGAGAAUCAGACUGUUAAAACAUCUUCAAUAGAUUCUGUUGGUGAUAUUGAUCUUCGUCCUUUAAUCGCAAAUGCCACUAUCAACAAUGUCAACCAGUCAUUAUAUCCUUCUACUCAACAAUGGUUCUCAUCAUCUACUGAAGAUGUUGAUUAUCGUAAAUUAAUUCCACAACCUCCUAUUCAUCCUGGAUGCUCUACACCACAAAAUGUAUACAAUAAGUCAUCUCCACCCAUGAAUAAUGAUUACAAGAGUAGUCAUAGUAGUAAUAGAAGUGUACCCAGGUUUCGGGAAAAACCGACUUCCUUGUCUUCUAGUAAAAGAAUAUUUACAAUUAAACCUACUAAUUACCAACCAGUCCAUUCGGCUCGCCACUUGUUACCUGACCCAGUAAGUAGACGAAACUCAUGUGUUACUCGUUCUCCUCUUCCGUCUACUAAUCCACUGCCAGUCACUAUCAACAUACAACGUUCGAAUCCUUGCGCUCUUUUGCCUACACCAUCUAUCAGGCCAUUACGUCGUCCACCUUCCUCCCCCUCAUUAUCAUCACGUCGGUCAUCGCGUAGGCCGUCACCACGUUUGUCGAGGUCUCCACGUCCUGUUGGCUCUCGCAAGAAGCCAUCUGUAAUUGUUCAUAGUUAUAAUCAUCAUAACAAACAUCGUCAUUCACGUUUUCGUCAUUAAAAAAACUUAUUUUUAUGUAUAGUUAUUGUUGUACUUUUUGCGUAAGCAAUUCAUUUACACUACUAGAUAUGUGUGUUUUUGUGAGACCUUGUGUGUAUUUAUUUAUGUCUUCAGUAUCGUUUUCCUAUUAGCAUUUUACUUUUCCACACCCGUUUAUUAGUUCAUCCAUCAGCCCUGAUCUUCAUCACAGCAAUAAUUUCUUCGACAUAUUUCAUGUAAAAACUUUGCCACUAUUAUUAUCCGUGUGUUGUUCAGGAGUUUUUUUGCUUCACAUAACUGUUACAAUUAUUCAACUAAUAUGCACGAGAUCAACAAUCACUACUAUAUUUGUAUGUAAUUUCUAUCUCGUUCUAAACAAUUUUUAUAAACAUACUGUAUCUCGUGUGUGUGUGAUUUUAUUUUCUUAGACAGUUUUUUUGUGUUGUUUUGCUAACACAUAUCCACCAGUGAGUACGUGAUUGUGUCCAUCCCUUACCUGUUACUUAUGCCUUAAUUAUUUUUAUAAUUUUUCUUCAUUUUUCAUAAAACUUUAAAUUUCAAAGAAGUACUUCAGAAUAACAUGUUCUUAUUAUCAUCAUCACUGUUUCCUUCUUGGGUGUGUACAGUUUCAAACCUUUACAAGAUGAGUAAACAUUUUAACU